UCACCAGGUUUUUUCCCCCCUCUUGCCUCCAAGUCUAGCACGAGGUGCAUCCAUCGUCUGUUUGAACAGAAGAUAAUCUAGCGCCUUCCAACACAGCUCCCACAAGACUGGCUAUAUAGACAGCAGACAGUUAUCAUCCAGCCUUCCUUUUCUUCCCGGUGCUAAGCUCCACCUCUCACUUUCCCCAGCAGCUCUCGCUCCAUCUUUCUCUCUUUCCCUCCCAGCAUCACACACACCAACCAUACAAACACACACUCUUCAACACUCCAUAUGAGCCAGCCUUCCCGUCAGGGCAAGCAGAUUUGGAGCUGAAGGUGUGCUGCUAUUGCCGGUGAUCUGCUACUUUAAAGAAGAAAAACCGGAAGAACCCUCCUUAGACAGAAGAUACAUGCCACAUCAAGCUUUCUCAGCGAAGGAAGAACUUGUCUGAACCUCUUCCUGGGAUUGGGAAAAGGAUCCAGGAAAGAAAGACAGCGUGCUGCCAGCAUCCGCCUGGCUGCCAAGCAACGCCACGAUGAAUGAGAGUCGAAGGGAAGCGCUGGCAGCGGCGGCCCCGGUGCCCACCACCGCAUCCUCCUCCAUGGCUGGCACCAACACCACCAACGGGGCUGGCCAAGGCACGGGCGAGAAGGACGAAGCCUUUUCCAAGGUGAAGAACAAGUUCAUGAAUGAGCUCAACAAAAUUCCACUGCCGUCGUGGGCUAUUGUCUCCAUCGCCUUUGUGGCCAUUAUCCUGGUGUUGGCGUGCUGCUUCUGCAUCUGCAAAAAGUGGAUUUUCAAGAAGAAAAACAAAAAGAAGGGCAAAGACAAGGGCAAAAACGCCAUCAACAUGAAGGAUGUCAAAGAUGGUGCCAAAACUGAGGCCUUGAAGGAUGAGGAGGAUGCCGAGACAGGGCUGACUGAAACGGAGAAAGAGGCUGAGCCCAAGGAGAGCGAGAAACUGGGCAAAUUACAGUACUCCCUGGAUUACAAUUUCACAGAGAAUACGCUAAUGGUGGGCAUCAUUCAGGCAGCAGAGCUGCCAGCUAUGGACAUGGGCGGCACCUCUGACCCCUAUGUGAAAGUCUACCUGCUGCCUGACAAGAAGAAGAAAUUUGAAACAAAAGUCCACAGGAAGACCCUGAACCCCGUCUUCAACGAGCAGUUCACCUUCAAGGUCCCCUACGUAGAGCUCGGUGGAAAGACGCUGGUGAUGACGGUGUACGAUUUCGACCGCUUCUCCAAGCACGACGCCAUCGGCGACAUCAAGGUGCCCAUGAACAAAGUGGACUUCAGCCACGUAACGGAGGAGUGGCGAGACCUGCAGAGCGCAGAGAAGGAGGAGCAAGAGAAGCUGGGUGAUAUCUGCUUCUCCCUGCGAUACGUCCCCACCGCCGGCAAGCUGACGGUGGUUGUUCUUGAGGCCAAAAACCUGAAGAAAAUGGACGUGGGCGGCCUGUCAGAUCCAUAUGUGAAGAUCCACCUGAUGCAAAACGGCAAGAGGCUGAAGAAGAAGAAGACGACAAUCAAGAAGAACACCCUUAACCCUUACUACAACGAGUCCUUUAGCUUUGAAGUCCCGUUUGAACAAAUCCAGAAAGUGCAAAUUGUUAUAACGGUUCUGGACUAUGACAAGAUCGGUAAGAACGAUGCCAUCGGCAAGGUAUUUGUGGGGCUCAACAGCUCGGGCACGGAGCUGCGCCACUGGUCCGACAUGCUGGCCAACCCCAGGAGACCCAUCGCCCAGUGGCACGUGCUGAAGCCCGAGGAGGAGGUGGACGCUCAGCUCUCCGUCAAGAAAUAGGCAGGGCCCUUUCAGCUCCCUGCCUUGUAGUACUCUUUAGCCAGUAUGUGUAAAUACCUCAGUGAUAUAUGGGUCCGUCCAUGUUAGCCCGCCCUCCACCCGUCUCAGCUUCCUGAUUUCAGAUACCGAUUCAAACGUCCCCAGACAUGCUCUGUAUUUUUUCUGUCGGGUUUUAUUCCGUUCCUCUAUGAUUUAGCAGUUUCAUCUCGGAGCCCUUAACAACCAAAAGCCCCCUUCUUUUAAGCAAUAUGAUCUGUAUAGAUACCGCAUGACUGAAAGAGUUUAUUGUACCACAGUUGUAUAUAUAAGUAUGCAGACAAAAAUGAUUUCUAGUUUUCGUGUUUAUAUGUUGUUACCGUUUCCUAAUCUGUGUAUAUCUGGAUGUUUUUAAUACGAUGUUCUAUUUUAAAUUAUGUAAAUGCAGAUAUAGAGGAAAGCCAAUAUUAUAUAUAUCCCAGGAUUUAAGAAUUGUACCUUAUUACCUUCUUGCAUUCCAGAAAAUUCUAACACGAAGACGUCGGUGGAGCCUAAAAGACGACGUCCGGGCUUUAAGUUAAGCAACCAAUCAUUGUAGAAAGACGAACAGAUGAAUAUAUUCCAGCAAAACCCUAAAAAGAGUACGAGGCCAUUAACUGCUAUGGUUCUGUGGGAAAGUGCUGCUGGAAGUGACACAAGCACACGCUUUCUUACAGUGUUUUGUACUCAGAGGACAGGCGGUCCUAAACUACAGCCACUGAGCGCUUCAUCUCCUCAUACUAGGCGACAGAGAGGGCCUUGAUCACUUCUCCUGACCGUUUGUCCCAGAGGAAACGUGACCCGAUGUGGGGGGAAAAAAAGCACCAAGUUGUAGCCAUUGUGUCCUUAAACUCGAUCUUAUGUUCAGCUUCGUCGUCGCGUUCCGGGUCUGAUCUCUGACCUGAAUGAAGAGUUAUCAAAACGGGAGCACUUCUGGUUUAAAGAUGACAACGAUAUUUUUAGAGCGGUUCAGCCUUUUGACUAUUUUUCGUAACGUGCAUGAUUUUUUUAAAAUGAUUUUAACUAAAGUCGGAGGGAAAUCCGCCUUCAGUCAGAGGAAGGUGAAGCUUCUAAACACUGCCAUUUUUCAGGGAGGUGCGCAGAGCACUCUCCCGCUUGCUAGCGGUCGUAGCUUUGGUUUAUCGGGAACAAUGUCUCUGGCUGCAGUGGUGCCCUGACUCGCAGUCUUUGCUUUGCGUUGCCUUUUCACAGUGACAAUAGAGCUAGCCAUGUUUUACUGCCAGUUUCAACCUUUAUGUGGCUGCUGUUUUGCACUGGGUGUCUUUGAAUUCUUUACCGAGCAUUGUCGUGUUCCAGGUCACCUGCGAGGUGGAGCCAGAGAUCCUCCGGCCGCACCGAAACAAAAAAAAGAGAAAAAGCAAUGACAAUUCCCGUUUGGGCCAACGGCAUCCUCCUUUUGUGUUGGCGCAGAAUAACCGUAAAAGUUAAUGGUCUGCGAUUUGUCCACAGUGUCUUUGACUACGGGUCCAAAUAUGAGCAGAAGAAUCCAUGAAAUCCAUGAAGUCUUGAAGGAACCUCUUGCGUAUACUCGAUGCUAGCUUCAGGAGGACUAAGUGUUUUUCAAUGUUAUUGUGUUGUUGAUAGCACUAUUAAGAAAAAGCUACUUGUCAUUCCAUAGGAGUCUCUGAGGACUGCUUUGUGUAUCACUGUGACUGCCGUGUGUGCUUCGAGACGUAGACUUAUCAGUAGGUAGCGAGUUUGUUCUGUAGUGUUGUCGUAGCGUUCAAUGCCAUCCCCCCCCCUUCUACACGCAGCCGAGAGAGGGAAAGCGUUUUAUCCCAGCGGGUGGCUUCACACAGCAUUUUGUUGAGCACUGUGCAAUACUUGUAUGUCCAUCCCAUAGUGUUGGCGUGGGUGGCGUCGCCCCAGGAAGUCUCCAGAGGAGGUCGGGAAGGUUAGGCCACAGCACACGUAGAUUCCGUUUAUGGGUUUCGCAGCUUCGUUUUCUCCUCUUGCACACAGUUCCAGCAUCAGACGCUUCAGGGAGUCUUCGUAUAAAACAAAAAACCAGAUCAACGUCCCCUUAAAGAUGUAAAUACUCUUCGUGUCUGGACAUAAAUAUGGACACGACGAUUCAGCAGCAAAUAUAUCUCAUCCAUUUGACUCUCAUUUACUUCUUUUUUGAUUCAGAGCGCUUUUAUAUCCGAGACGAAAACUCUGAAUGUACAGUACGGACUGUGUUGUUGUAGAUUUCUUUAGCCGUGAGAUGAUUAGAUGUACUUUGGCUUUUUGUUGUUUGAGAAAAAAAUAAAAAUAUCUUUGGUCAUUUUGUUCAUAUUUUCCAGGUAUUUGUCACAAUCCUUUGUGGGGUUCACUGAAUAUUAUGUUUUUGAGCCUCCUGCUUGGAGAGGCUGGUUUCACCCGUAGAUCCACCAAUUCCUGAACAGCUUCAGAUUUCAAUGAAGAACCGACGGUUGAGCGACAGAAACGCAUUCAAGUGUCUGGGGAUCCGGUAACGGGCCGCCCUGCAGAACACACAUCGGAUCAGGAGGUGUGUAUUUAAAGAAAAAAUAAAAACUAACUACAAAGCCAUUAUCUGCGCUGCGGUGCUGCCCUCGUUACCGUUUCCCGCCAAAGUGUGCACGAAGACCACAAAAUUUUUACAAUCGUAUGGAGCGUGCGACAAGAUUCUCUCCAGUGACACCGACAAAAAGCCACACUGACCUUUCAAAAGCAAAGCUGUGUAAGUAUUAGAAUCUGAUGCUGUAGAAAGAUCCUAGUUGCCUUUGUGUAUAUCAACUGCCUGCUUGAGUAUUUUGUGUGUGGAAGUUUUCUCUGUAAUCUUGUAGAACUGUUUGGGGUGUUUUUUCCUGCCAUAUCGCUCGCAGCGACAGCGGGCCGCUGACAAGUUAUAUUUGCUGUGUAUACCUUCAUUUUUGAUGAGGUGUUUUACAGUUUUUGUUUCAUUUUGUGUAGUGAUUCACUCUGUGGAGUUUUCUGACUGUUGUUAUAUAACUUCAUAUACACAAAUGAUCAAUAAAAACGUUUUAUUUCCUGUUGAUA